AUGCAAGGAACAGAUCUGAAGAAGUUGGUUCCCCAGCCCAAGCCUUACAAGAAGGGCCCCUACACAGUUGAGGCCAAGGGCUACGAGAAGAAGGAUGGCGAAACGAUCCCUCGUGUGCACCCUUUGGCAAAGGACGGUCUCAUCAGCACCCCGGCACCCGAUGUCAAGACCAUCUACGACAUUCUGCGCAGCAGCUCAAAGAAAUUCGGCAACGCAAAGGCGCUGGGUUACCGCAGCCUGAUCAAGAUUCACGAGGAGACCAAGCAGAUCAAAAAGGUCGUUGACGGCAAGGAGACUACAGUCGACAAGAAAUGGCAGUACUCUGAACUCAGCGGCUACACAUACAUCAGCUUUGUCGAGUAUGAGCAGCUGUGUCUGAAGGUUGCCUCUGGUUACCGCGCUCUUGGCAUGAACAAGGGCGACCGCGUCCACAUCUUUGCUUCCACCAGCCCGUGGUGGCUGGCUACUGCUCACGCCGCCUCGACCCAGUCCAUGCCCAUCGUCACCGCCUACGACACUCUCGGUGAAGAAGGUCUUACUCACUCCCUCAAGCAAACCCACGCCAAGCUCAUCUUCCUUGACCCCACCCUCCUCACCAAGCUCAUCAACCCUCUCAAGGAGUCUAAGGAUAUCCAAUAUGUCGUCUACAACAGCCAGAUGGAAGUCAAGAAGGAAGACAUUGAGAAGCUCCAGAGCGCCCACCCCCACCUCACCAUUCUCAGCUUCGACGAGCUCACAAAGAAGGGUGAGCAGAACAUGGUCGACCCCGUCCCGCCAGAGCGCGAGGACCUCUGCUGCAUCAUGUACACUUCCGGCUCUACCGGUACCCCCAAAGGUGUCCUUCUCAAGCACAAGAACGUCAUUGCUGCCAUCGCUGGUGUCGACACUGUUGUCGGUGAUUAUCUCGGCCCUGGUGACGGUCUCCUCACCUACCUGCCUCUCGCUCACAUUCUCGAAUUUGUCUUCGAGAGCGCCUGUCUCUACUGGGGCGGUACCAUGGGUUACGGAAACCCCAGAACCAUCUCCGACGCCUCGGUCCGCAACUGCGCUGGUGACAUUCGCGAAUUCAAGCCCUCGGUCUUGGUUGGUGUCCCUGCCGUCUGGGAGACUGUCAAGAAGGGCAUUGUGUCAAAGGUCGACAAGACUGGUGGUAUUGCCAAGCAACUCUUCUGGGCCGGUAUGGCCGCGAAGAGCACCAUGAUGAACCACUCUGGUAUCCCGUUCACUGGUAUUGGCACAAGUGUUAUGGACUCAGUUGUCUUCAGUAAGAUCAAGGAGGCUACCGGUGGUAGACUGAGGAUCUGUUUGAACGGUGGUGGUCCCGUUGCAAAGGACACUCAGCGUUUCAUCUCCAUGGCCAUUGCCCCUAUGAUCAGUGGUUAUGGUUUGACCGAGACUUCCGCUAUGGGUGCCAUCAUGGACCCUCUUGCCUGGACUGAUGAGGCACUCGGUGGUCUGCCUGCCUCGAUUGAAGUCAAGCUUGUUGAUUUCGCCGAUGCUGGCUACUUCUCCACCAACGACCCUCCUCAGGGUGAGAUCUGGAUCCGUGGUGACUCUGUCACUGACGGCUAUCUCGAUCUGGAGAAGGAGAACCAGGAGUCUUUCGAGGAUGGCUGGUUCAAGAGUGGUGACAUUGGCGAGUUUGACAAGAACGGCAACCUCAAGAUCAUCGAUCGCAAGAAGAACUUGGUCAAGACGCAGAACGGAGAGUACAUUGCUCUUGAGAAGCUCGAGUCCAUCUACCGCGCCAGCAACGUUGUUGCCAACAUUUGCGUAUAUGCAGACCAGAGCAAGAACAAGCCUAUCGCCAUCAUUGUACCUGCUGAGCCUGCUCUCAAGUCAUUGGCUUCAGAGUGUGGCAGCAAGGCUGGCGAUCUUGAGGAUAUGUGCUCAGACAAGAAGCUUAAUGAGGCUGUUCUGAAGAACCUGCAAGCCGCUGGUAAGAAGGGUGGUCUCUCAGGCAUUGAGAUCAUCGAGGGUGUUGUCCUCGCUCCCGAUGAGUGGACUCCUCAAAACCAGCUUGUUACUUCAGCACAAAAGCUGAACCGCAAGAACAUCCUGGAGAAGUACAAGAAGGAGGUUGAGACUGCUUACAGCUCGUAG